UUUUUAUUCAAAAAAAUUUAUUCAAGUUUUUUUUUGUUAAUCAAAUUUACAUCGAUUUGAUUGAUUGGUAGAAAAAAUGUACAACACUCAAACAAGACAACCGAUGAUGGAUACGAUGACAAUCUCGGAUCAUGGUUACAUGACAUUGCCGUUCCAGGUUCGUUUCGAGAACGCAUUGAAAGAGCCAAACAUUUUGAUCAAAUGUAAAUUAUUGACCGAUUUAAUUUAUGAAUCAACUUCAACGAAUAUCAAGGAAAUGCAACAUCGUUACGUACUAUUGAUUGAAGAUAUUUUCUCUUGUAAUCCAUUGCCAUAUGGAUCAAUAAAUAAUUGGCGUCUUAAAUCAUUGACAAAAGAAACAGCACCAAAAGAAUUUGAUUCCAUUUUCUUUCUACUCAGUAUUGAUGGUCCAAUAUUUAAACUGAUUCGUCAUCUAAUGAGUAAUGAUCAAACAAUGAAUAAUCGUCAUGAAUUUUCAAUCAAUCAUUUACCAUUAUCAUUACGUAAUUUGGACAACAUUGUCAAUCAUCAUUUCUUUAUGGAUAAAAUGUCUACAUCAUCAUCAUCAACAUUGAGUUUAAAUGCAUUCGAAUUUUUUUUAUUUCAUUUUGCUUGUUACAUAACAAAAGAAGAAACUACUACUACUACUACUAUAGUAGCAAACAAUUCAUUUGCAUACAAUUCAACAUUAUCGAUGGGAAAUAUGAUGAAUAAUGAAGAUACAACACUUAAUGUAUUGUAUUAUAUUCUUCUUGAAAAUUAUUUGGAAUUUUUCAUUCCAAUUACUGAUGCUAAUUUAUCAUCUAUGAAAUCAACGGCUUUAUCAACAUCAUCAUCAUCAUCGACGGACAAAACAAAAGAUUCGAAUAUUUUUCAUAUGAAAUCUAGUAGUUUAUGGAAAUCACUUUCAUCUACAACUACCAAUCUAUGGAAUCUUUCAUCUUCGUCUACCAACAAUAUACAACAACAACAACAACCUGGAUAUGGUUCUUAUGGAAGACCAAUGAAAACAAUGUUCAACGAUACUAUCACCAAUUCCGAUAGAUUUAUGUCUGAACAGAAUUCCAGUUUAGCAAUGAAAAAUCCAAUAUUCGGUAAUCGUGGUGGUGGUUCAUCCAUUUUUAAUCCCGAAAUAUUUAAUCAAUUUCAAAGACAACAAAAUCUCAUGUUAAACAAUAAUAACAACAAUAUUGCAAUGAUACAUGAUCCAAAUGAUCCAAUUGGUAGUGUUUCAUAUAAAUGUGAUACAAUACUGCGAAUAUUUUCAGAAAUAUGGUUGACUAUCGGAUCUUUUACUGUUCAACGUGAUGAUAAUAAUCGUUUAAGAAUGAUAACUGCUACUACUGGUCAUCAUCAGUUCAAUGUUACUAUUGAACAUAUGCGUGUUGUUCGUAUUUUCAUCAAACAUCUACAUUAUUUCAGUAAUAAUAGCCAUAUGAAGAAUAAAUAUAAUGAUUAUUCAGUGAUUAGUUCAGGUGAUCAAAUUAAUAGUGGUGGUUUUGUUUCUGGCUCGCUCAAUGCUUCAUUGGAUGAAUUGAAACGUUCGUUGUGGUCGGGUACAAAAUAUUCGAUACAGAAAAAUUUAUAUGCUUUUCUACGUAUUGUAUUCGAUCGAUGGCCAAAUGAUUCAACGUUUCGUAUACCAUUGGAAACAUGGCUAAGUUAUAUUCAACCAUGGCGUUAUAUACCUGGACGUAAUUCAAAUGAAACUCUCACACAUGAUCGUUAUGAUUGGCGUCGAUUUAUUGAUGAAAAUAUUGUUUUCUAUACCACUCUGUUUAGACAGGUUAUCACUAGAAUGGCACGACAACUGGAUCUUGGUUCAGCUAAUAAUUCAUUACUUUUGUUUCGUGUACUGAAAGUUUUCAGUCAAGAUAGCCUCAAAGAAAUGAUGAAAGAAUCGGAAAUAAAAUUUCUUAACGCUGGUGAUUUAUCAACAACGGCCACUGGUCAUCAUGGAUAUGGUGGCCAUCAAUCAACGUCUUCGCUGUUUUCACAUCGUCAAUCAUCACCUUAUCGGAUGCAUAAUUCAAGUAGCGAUAAAAAUGUUACAUUAUUGGAAGCUGAAUUAUUUCAUCAAUCAGAAUAUAUAUCAAUUUUUUCACCAGGAUUUCGUGAUCAAAUUAUUGAAUUAUUGCUCAAGAUUGCUAAAUCAUUACAUACGGUCACUGAAUUACAGAAUAAAUCAUCAUCGGCGAAUAACAAUAGCAAAGGAAAACAAAAAGGCAAAUCAGAAACUUUGUUCGAAUCGAUUGUCAAUUUUUUCACCAUCGAUUAUUCUGUCAAUAAUCAAUCAAAUGUACAGACUAGCCGUGUUAAUUAUGAUAAAAUUCGUAAUCAUUUAAAUGCAUCAAUUGAAUUUAUAUCCUGUAUAUUCGAUAUACCGCAACAAAGUAUUGAAACUAUAUUGGCAAAUGCAAGAAAAUCUGUUGUCAACAACAACAACGACGAUGAUGCUGAUAUAAAACGUCAUCGUUCGAAAGAAGAGAUUUAUGAAUUAGUGAAUGGUGUACCAAAACUAACAGAAUUUGGACUUUCACAAAUAAUGAAUGGAUCAUUGAAACUGGAUAAAUUGCCCACAAUUGUUGAAGGCAAUCCUGACCGGCAACCAAUUCGAUCAUAUGAAAUUGGCAUAUUGGUCAAAUUGACAUUAUUUUUAUCCACAGUGAUCAAUCAAAAAUUUGGUCCCAUUUUCCAGAGCUAUUAUGAACAGCCCAAUUUUUAUGGAACAUUAUGUCGAAUACUAUUGUCAUCUCCUGUUUCUUAUGCACAUUAUGAACGUUGUCCACAGGAAUCAUCUUCAGCAAAUAAUGGUGGCCACCACCAAAAGCCUAAAAUUCGUAUUGAAAAACUUCCACCACGUAUAAAUCUACGUUUUAUGGCAUCAUUUGGAUUUUUGUUACAAACUUUUCUUUUUUUUACAUUUUUAUGGUUAGCACAAUGUAUCGAUUGUGUUACCGUUUAUCUAUUGAUCAGUUUUGUAACAAUUUUCAUUACUUUAUUGUGUAAAUUAUUCUAAACGUCGCAACAACAACAACGAAAACGAAAAUAAAAAUAAAAACUUUUUU